AUGGUUGCACUUCGACACUCCGCCACAUCCCUCUCAGCAUCGAGCCGUCCUUCCCUUGCCGCAAUAACAUUUACAUUAAUACGACAACCAGCAUGUCUUGCCCUCCGCGCUUUCAGCUCCACGCCCAACACCUCCCUCCCUGCUCCCGGCAGCAUCUUCAACAUUCCCGGAAACUCACGUGGAGCUCCGACAUCCUAUUUCCAGCGAGCGUCCCUGCCCGCAAACACUGUCGUCAGAUUUGUGCCGCAACAGACCGCCUGGAUAGUUGAGCGCAUGGGAAAGUUUAAUAGAAUUUUGGAACCAGGUCUAGCUAUCCUAGUCCCUGUAAUAGAUAAGAUAGCCUAUGUGAAGAGCUUGAAGGAGGCUGCAUUGGAGAUUCCGAGCCAGAGUGCCAUCACAGCCGACAACGUCACGCUUCAGCUGGAUGGUGUACUGUAUACAAGGGUGUUCGACGCAUACAAAGCUAGUUAUGGUGUAGAGGAUGCAGAAUAUGCCAUCUCGCAGCUGGCGCAAACUACGAUGCGAUCGGAAAUAGGGCAACUUACUCUUGAUCAUGUCCUGAAAGAGCGCUCCACGCUCAACACCAAAAUCACCGUCGCGAUUAACGAGGCAGCGCAGGACUGGGGUGUUGUCUGUCUGCGUUACGAGAUUCGAGACAUACAUGCGCCAGAGCCUGUUGUGGAGGCUAUGCAUCGACAAGUCACCGCCGAGAGGAGCAAGAGAGCCGAGAUCCUAGAAUCUGAAGGUCAAAGGCAGAGCGCGAUCAACAUCGCAGAAGGAAAGAAACAAAGUGUCAUUCUCGCGUCCGAAGCUCUGAGGUCAGAACAAAUCAAUAUGGCUACUGGUGAGGCUGAGGCUAUAAGAAUGAAGGCGCAUGCGACCGCUGCUGGGAUUGCUGCUGUCGCACAGACCAUUGCCGAUGGUAAAGAUGCAGCUCAAGGCGCUAUCAGCCUGAGUGUGGCAGAAAAGUAUGUGGAUGCCUUUGGCCGGCUUGCUAAGGAGGGGACAUCAGUCGUUGUCCCUGGAAAUGUCGGAGACAUUGGUGGCAUGAUUGCAUCUGCCAUGGCUGUCUAUGGCAAAGUUAGCGAAGGGCAGGCCAAAGCCAUCGCUGGAAAAUUGACUAGCUCGACCAGUCAACCAAAAAACAUCGAAGAUAUUGAAAGAGAGGUUGAUGAGGCUAGCAAGAGGAGGAACGACGUUACAGACUCUGUCCUGAGUACUUUCGACCAAAUCACCCAACGAAAGUAA